AUGACGUCGCGUGUGCCCUUCAGCGCAGCACCGCUGGCGGUAUACGCGAUGCCGGAAGCUGACGGCAGCACAUACAUGUCGACGGUUGUGGUGCCGUCACAGCCGCACAUGUACAAAGCUGCUGCAGCUACAGUGGCUGCUGCGUCAUCAACCGAUAUUACGAAUGGCGAGCACGUCAGCCGAGAAGGCCCUUCGUGCUAUCCACUGGCAGUCUCGACGCCUGAAAGCGGUGUGACCAGUGACGCACCUUCAGCACUCGUGCCUGCUCCACUCAUCAGUGACAGCCAUGAUUGCCACUUGCAGUCGGCGCCUUCCUUUGGCCCUCCUCCAUCAGGUCUGCUGCUUUCAGUGAGGGAGACCGGCGUGGUCACUCCCGCAGAGAUUGACCACGGCAUCGUUGCCGACGCUGGCGCUGAGGAAGACGAGGCUGCCAAGCAAGGUGAAGUGCAGACCGAGCGAUGUGGGGCGAACCGCGACGUCCAGCGCUUGUAUAUGCACCCCCUCGCUGCUGCCGCCGCCGAAGGGUCCUUCGGCGUCACAUCACAUGUGGAUCCCAUUACAGCAGCCCUUGCCCGUCAGCAGCAGCAGCAAAACCGCGGCGAACCCCGUUCCCCGCUGUCCUCGCGGACGUUGCAGGCACUGUACGCAGCGUACACCGAGGGGCGGUACUCCAGCUUCAUCACGCAGCUCACUGCUGACGACGUGCUGGCACCGCCGCCGCUGGCGCUGACCUGGUACCCGUCUGUACCCGCCGGCGUCACAAGGUUCGGCGACCGUAAGCGCACAGCAGAUAGCUUGACGGUGACAGCCAUGGGACAGCACGAGAAGAGUAUGUUGGAGGAGGAGGCGCACGGUGUUGCCGAGAUGACAUCCACCGGCGCUGCACCGCCGUUACGUCGCCCUCGAACAGAGGAGGUUUCUGUUCCUGGCGCGGAGGCGCAGGCUCCCUCGGCGUCUUCAUCGGUGCCCGCAUCCGUGGGUGCAUGCAUACCGCCACUGGGCAUAUACACGGAGGAGUGCGCUACAAAGCGAAGCGAUAGCACCGAUGCGGUGCGUGCAUCUGCCGCUGCCGACACGCAUGCGACCGCGCACCGCAAGCGUGAUCGUGAUGAGCGAGUGUACGAGUACCUGUCACACGGGCGGCGACUGCGUUGA